GAGCUGGCGCGGGCCCGCGGGGCGCGAGAACCGGCCGUUGGCGUUGGGGAGGGGGCGAUGUCCCGUGCACCUUUCUAGAAAAGCGAAUGCGUCCAGCGAAGUCGGAUAGGCUUAGGCGCACCCAGCUGCAGGUGCGGCGAGAUCCGGGAAGAGGCCCCGGGCCAAACGCUGCGGGCGUUACACGUGCGUUGACCGAGGCCUGGCCCAGCUCCCGGGGCAGCCGGAGGGGCGCAGGCGAAGUACACCGCGUCCUUCUGAGAGAGUUAACGUUGUUGUUUAGAACCGAAGUGCCAUUGUGUAGUUGGACGCAGAGAGAUCGGAUCUGGGCAGCUUGCCUAGCCUCAGCCUGCAGCGAGGGGGCCCCGCUCGGAACCUGGGAGGAAUCUGGGGAGUGGGCGAGCCAGCCCUCCCUCCCCGAGGCCUCCUCUCUAGAAAUCCUGGGGACCGAAGUGGCCCCGGGAGUCGUCCUCACGGCCUCUCUCAGGGGUCACAGGCUCCCUGCAAAACCCCUUCUUGGAAGACGCGUUCUGAAAACUGCGGGUCAGCCCCAGGCCCUCAGGCUAAAAUGUUUACCUGCUAUUUUACCUUCCCACCUAAACCGUUGUAUCCUAGUGUUUUUAUAAGACCACGUGAUGUUGAAAAGGUUUCAUUUUGAAAUACUUAUCAGACUUAGAAAAUAGUUAGAAGGAUAUACUCACACCCUUCACCCACCUUUCCCAAAGGUUAACGCCUUUAUAAAAGGGCAGUGCAGUUGAUUGUGAUGUGGACAUUAGCACUAAUACUACCCUAUAAGCUACAGGCGUUGUUCCCAUUUCUGCAGUUACCCAAUGUCCCCCGGGGCCUUUUCUGGUCCAGGAUUCAACCCAGAGCCUCACACACAUGCAGCUGGCAUGUCUACUUGGUUUCUUUUAGUCUGUGGCGGUCUCUCAGUCUUGUUCAGGGCUGUGACGCUUCAUUGGCCAAAGAUUUUGUAGAAUGUCCUUCCGUUUGGGUUUGUCUAGUGUUUUAUCCUUAGUAGGUUCAGGUUAUGCGUUUUUGGCAAGAACACGGCAGAAGCGUGGUUGUGCCCUUCUUGGGGCGUGGUAUCAGGGGGCACACAGGUUUGUCGUGUGGAUGGUGACGGUCAUUUCGCUUACUUGGUUAGGGUGGUGGUUGCCAAGCGCGUCCAAUGAAAAGCUGUGAUUUCUCUCUUUGUGCUUAAUCAGAGGGCAGAUAUCUUCAUCGCAUGCACACUAACUUUAGCAUGUAAGAUUCCUGCCUGUAGCAGUGGUUACCGUGGUAUUUGUUAAAUAGUGCUUUCCCCAUUUCUGUCAUUCUGAUGUUAAAUUUUAAUCUGAAUAUUUAAAAAUUUUCAUUUCUUAAUUGAAAAGGGGAGGAAGAGAGGGAGGGAUAGAAGGAGGGAGAGAGAGAGAGAGAAGAACACACACACACACACACUCGCUUUCCUCUGUUGGUUCACUCCCCAAAAGAGGGCAAUAGCUGGAACUGGACCAGGCCAAAGCCAGGAGCUUGCAGCUCAAUCCAGGUGUCCUGUAUAUGGUCAGCGGCCACUCACACGCUUGGCCAUCGUUUGCUGCUUCCACGGGAUCACCCACACCCUGUGUAUUAGCAGAGCUGGGUCAGAAGAGGAAGGGGUAGUGGACUUGAACGCAGGCACUUUGAUAUGGGGUGCUGGCAUCCCAGGUUGCAUCUUAACCUGCUGUGCCGAAUGCCAGCUCCCUCAGUGACUUUGUAAAGGAAGAUACCUGUCUUACACCUUUCUACCUGGAAGUUGUUUGUAGACAUACUGUGGAACUUGUGGCUAAAAUGGAGCUUAUAAACGUAUUUCUUAAGGAUAACUGCAGUGUACAUGAACAAUAGUAUUCCUAGUACUUUCAGACAUCUCAAUUCACAUGAAUUUAAAAGUUCAUUAAUUGAAUUGUUUUCAUUCUGUGUGUGUACAAGAUCGGUAAAUGUAAAACACAUUUAAAGACAGAACAGAGAUAAGUCAUCGUAUUUCUGUUGCAUUGAAACUUUUUAGUUGGUAUUUGCAAAGCUGUUCGUUUAAAUUAACAAUGCAUCCAAGUCUCAUCCAGUAAUAGUUCACUUUGUUUAACCUCAGUGUUUGCUGAACAGAUUUACUGGAAGUUGGAAUGAGUACCCCUUUGCACUGUAAAGUAGGUAGAAUUCUUGUGGGUGAAACAGAUCUUUUAAUCUGAGAGUUAUUUGACUAUCAACCAUUUUUGAUAAAUAGUGUUUGAAGAUUAAGUUACCCUAUGCAGUAUUGCCUUGAACCUUUGCCACUGUACACUGUACUGGCCCACGACUGGCUCUUAGUCUUGAUGGUCUCAGUAUGAAGGCAAGCAGGGGUGUUCUAACUUCUUUAUUUUUUUAAAUCACUGUUUUGAGCAUCUGUUAUCUGUUAACUCUUUGCCCAGCAGAAUGCGCAGAGCCACAUAACUCAUCAGAGCAAAACGCAGCCCAGUGUCAAAUGGGGAGGAGGCGGCGGCGAGGGGGCUGCCCCACAGCCAGAGGUUUCCAGACGGUUCACCCUCGGCCAUCUGGCGCGGCCGCCUCUCCUGGCCCCUCGGGCGGGCGAGCACGCGGCGCGGCCCAUCUGUGCCAUCGCUGCGCUCCGCGCGAGUCCCCCCGACCGCGUCCCGGCCGAAUCCGCGGGGAAGCCCCGCCCGGGCAGACUGCACACCCGGCGGCCAUCGCCGGCACCGCGGCUGGACCGGGCUGGAGAGACACCAAUGGGAGGGGAGGAGGCAGGGAACCUGUUCGGUUCCCGAAAAAAGCCAAGAGCGUGAACUCGCGGAACCCGCGUCUCCGCCCGCCAAGCCCCGGCCUCCCGCCGCCCUAACGGCGCUCGGCGCCGGGCCGGGCUCCGGCGCGCCAGGGCGCGCGGCAAAGCUUGGCGCUCGCGGGCGCGGCGCCGGCGGCGGCCACGUGCGGGGCGGCCCCGCGCCGGGGGAAGCCCUCCCGGGCCCUGACGUCACGGCCGCGCCGGCCAACGGGAGGCCGGGCAGGGGGAUUCCCGCUCGCGCCGCCGCGCCGCCGGCUUUUUAAAUGGCUCCCCCGGGACCGCUCUCCGGGCGCCGUCGGCAGCUGCUGACACAGCGGGGACCCCGGGGGGGACCGGGCUCGAGGGGUUCGACGACGAGGCGUCCAGACCCGGCCCGGCCCCGGAUGGAGUGGAGCCUGGAGCGCAGCGCCAGGCCCAGGGUCCUCGCCGAGGAGCGGCGGCUGUGGGCGAAUGUCAUGCGGGUGCUCGCCCAGGACAUGGAGAAGAGAAGCCAAGGUUCCCCCAAGAUACCGGAUUCGGUUACCACCCCCUACGCUAACUUUAAGAGCAACUUCGCGAAGAGGCUGUCAGCGGGGGUGCCUGUUGCCAGCAGCCCAAUCGCCACGAGAUGGCAGCAAAGUCCAACCAGGGAGCUGUCCGCCUGUCGCCUCCCGGAAGCGCGGUCGGCCGCCGGCCUCUCAGAAUCGCCGGGCAACGACACCUUGACGCCGGGAUCCUUUAACGAACCAUUCAAGACUCCCGUCCAAGAAGGUUCUGAAACAAAGAACUCUGCUUUGCACUUUGGCGAGACACCUCGUGCACUGGACAGAGGCUGGAAGGAAAGCGUUGCCUCCAAAGGCCAGAAAUGCCUGAACCUACUCUUUGGAACCCAGAGGGCGGCUCAGUGGGUUGCUGGGAACAUGCAGCUAUGUGAGCAAUCCCAAUGUGUUUGGAAAGGCUGCAGAGGUGGAGUCAGAAAUGAAUCUUUCGAUCUGGAAAGGUUUGGUGAUGCAAACUAUUCCAUGCUCCAACCAGAGAAGAAGAUCCAUCUUACUGGUCUUCGCAAUGACUACUAUCUGAAUAUCCUGGACUGGAAUUUUCAAAAUCUUGUUGCUAUAGCCCUUGGAUCUGCUGUAUAUAUUUGGAAUGGAGAGAACCACAGUGGGAUUGAAAACAUAGACUUAAGUCUCACUUGUAACUAUAUAUCUUCUGUGUCCUGGAUCAAAGAGGGAACCUGCCUGGCAGUUGCCACCAGUGAAGGAGAAGUGCAAUUGUGGGAUGUGGUAACUAAAAAGCGGCUGAGAACCAUGCUUGGUCAUUUAUCAGUAGUCGGGGCUCUGAGCUGGAACCAUUGUAUCCUCAGCAGUGGGUCAAGACUGGGCCGUGUUUAUCAUCAUGAUGUCCGGGUAGCCCAGCAUCGUGUUGGGACACUUGGCCACAAGCAGGCUGUGUGUGCUCUGAAGUGGUCACCGGAUGGCAGACUGCUCUCCAGUGGCUGCAGUGAUGGGCUGCUGACAAUAUGGCCCCACGAUCCUGGUGCCGGUGCACAGGCCCAGCCACUGAAAGUCAUACCUCAGUCCACAGCUGUCAAGGCCAUGGAUUGGUGUCCCUGGCAGUCUUCUGUCCUUGCUGUUGGAGGAGGAAUGAAGGAUGGAUGCCUACACGUUUUGGAUAUAAACACUGGGAAGAGCAUCCAGACCCCAAGCACAAACUCACAGAUUUGCUCCCUAGUCUGGCUACCUAUGACAAAAGAGAUUGCAACUGGCCAAGGUACUCCUAGCAAUGAUGUGACUGUGUGGACCUGUCCUAGUCUGUCCAGGUCAGGUGCGUUUUUUGGCCACAGAGGCAGAGUGCUGCACCUGGCUUUGAGUCCAGACCAGACCCGGGUGUUCUCUGCUGCAGCUGAUGGGACAGCCUGUGUAUGGAGCUGCUGCUGGCCACCCCGUCCCUCUGAACUUCAGUCUCCUCCAUCCUAACUCCCUGCUGAUGCACUUGGGAAAGCAGUGAAGACGGCCCAAGUACUUGGACCCCUGCCAUCCAUGUGGAAGACCUUGAUGGAGACAGAGGCUCCUGGGUUUGGCCUGGUUCAGAGUUUGCCAUUGCAGCUAUUUGGAGAGUGAAACAGCAGGUGGAAAAUAUUGCUUUCUCUGUCUUUCCCACCUCCCACCUUCCCCACCACCCUGCCUUUCAAAUAAAUAAAAUAAAUCUGAAAAGAA